CCCCAAAGUUGGCGCUGAGCUAUUCCCCACAAUGACAGGCUAACUACUCAGACAUCAAAGAGACGUUUCCGCUGCUAGAGUCGCUCGGAAUUUAUCACAACAUGCCUCUACAUUUACUAGGCAAAAAGUCAUGGAACGUCUACAACCCCGCCAACAUCGCCCGCGUCAAGGCCGACGAAGAUGCUGCCGCCGCCCGCGAAGCCGCAGAUGAGCAGCGCAUGCAAGACCUCGACGCAGAACGACGCGCCGCCAUACUACGAGGUCUCACACCCCCGCCACUCCCCGAAGCAGAUCCAGAAAAGGACGCUGAACGAGAAAGGGAAAACGGUAAACGCGACCGCGGCCAUGACAAGAAGCGGAGGAAACUCGCCGGCGAAGACGACACAGACAUGGAUAUCCGACUAGCAGCGUCUAUCACAGCCCCCAAAGGCGUCGACGACGACGACGGAACAAAAGUCCUGAAGCUCCGCACCUCAGCCAGCGACGCCCCGCUCACCGACCACGCCGGCAACAUCAACCUGUUCCCCGUGGACGUCAAGGAGGCCAUGAAACGCGAGAAGAACGCCGAGCUCGAGAGAGAGAAGCAGAAGAAGCGAAAAGCACUCGAGGACCAAUAUACCAUGCGCUUCUCGAACGCAGCCGGCAGAGGGGGAACAACCCAGCCCUGGUAUUCUUUAUCGGCACACAAAGAGCCGUCGCAAGACGCCAGACCAAGCGAGAAUCUGGCAGCCUUGGAAAGCAAAAACGUCUGGGGCGACGAAGACCCGCUACGUAAAACCAGGGAACAAGCUCGUAUAAGCUCCAACGACCCCUUUGCUUUCAUGCAGAAAGCGCAAUCCCAGCUGAAGAAGUCAAAAGAGGACAAGAAGAGAUGGGCCGCGGAGCGUAAGCGAGAGUUGAUGGAGCUGCGAAACGAGCAGGAGAGGGAUGACCGGAGUAGGCAGCAUAAAAGGAGGAGGAAACAAGACGAUGGUGCGGAGGUUUCGUCGCAUCACUCUGAUCGUCACGGUGAUAAGGAUGUGUUGUCGAGACACAGGUCUCGUCGUAGAAGUCGGAGUCGCAGCCGUGAGAGGAAGCACGAUCUUGACGCUGGGCGGAGACGGGAAAGGCGGCGGAGUAGGAGUCGAAGUAGAGACCGCGAUAGGGGGAGUAAUCAUAGACACACUUUGCACAGUAAGGAUAGAGAUACUCGGGACGACCGGGCGAGACAUCGUGAAACGGGGCCCCUACAGAGAGAAACUUGAUCAUCGCAAGUAGAAGUGAGGGGGAGUCUAUCCAAGACUUUUAAUCUGCCGCCGUGCAAAUAUCUUCUCUACACAAUCAUACCUUGCACACUCUCCAAC